GUCUUCAAAAAUUAUUUUUCUUCUCACUCUUCUCUGUUUCGGAAAAAAAAUGAAAGUGAAGGUUGACGGAGAUGCUGGUGCUUCUCCGGCGCCGGCGCCGGUGAAUGUUACGGUGGCGGUAGCUGUUAAGAGUGUUGAAGGGAACGGGAGUCAACGUGCGGUGAAGUGGGCUGUAGAGAAACUGUUGCCUAAAGCGAAUCGAUUUGUUUUAGUUCAUGUUAUGCCUACAAUCACUACGAUUCCAACUCCAUCAGGAGAGUAUAUUCCUAUUGAUGGGCUUGAGGCUAAUGUGGUGAAACUAUAUACGGGUGAUAAGAGGGCUAAAUGUGAAGAAAUCUUUAUCCCAUUUAAGAUUUUAUGCAAAAGGAAAAAUGUUGAGACUUUGGUGCUGGAAGGGAAUAAUCCUGCAACAGUGCUCCUCAAAUAUGUAAAUGAUUCUGGGAUUAAAAGUUUAGUCUUGGGCUCUUUCUCCCCCAGUUACUUUGCCAGGAAGCUGAAGGGAUCAAGCGUGCCAUCAAUUAUCCUCAAGCAUGCUCCAGAUUGUUGUGAUGUUUAUGUGGUGUCCUCAAAUAAGCUUAUGACAAAUUCGUUAAAUCCCUUGUUGGCUGCUGAGCGUGACCUUCGUACAAUCAAUAAACAACAAUCCAGUGCAUCUUCCGUCUCCGCAGGAAGUGUUUACCAUAACAGAUCAUCGUCUGUUGCAACUAGACAUCUAAAUUCUCUAGAAUUUAUCCAUGGGAACUCUUCUAGUUAUGUCAGUCCUCAACACAGAAGUAACCGAAAUCUGGAAGAUGUGACCACAGGUCUGGAGGCAGUCAAGGGAUGUCAUUCUUCCACUUACUCAGAGCAGUUAGACAUUCAGGAUGAAGUGGAGAGGUUGCGCCUAGAAUUACAGGAUACUUUAGCAAUAUACAAUCAAGCAUGUGAGGACCUGACCCAUGCCCGGAACAAGGUCCAGUUAUUUUCUUCGCAAUACCUUGAAGAGUCUGGAAAAGUGAAUGCUGCCAAGAAAAGAGAAGAAAAUCUAAGGAAAAUUGCUGCUGAAGAGAAGGGGAAGCACAUGGAAGCUGAGAAGGAGGUUGAGAUAGCAAGAAAAUUGCUUUCCAAAGAGGUCUAUGAGAGGCAGAUAGCAGAGUUGAAGGCUCUUCAGCAGUCCUUGGAGAAAAAGAGAAUAGUUGAUGCACUAUUAUCAUCUGAUGGCAGAUAUAGAAGGUUUACUAGACGAGAGAUUGAGGUUGCAACUGACUACUUUUCCGAGUCUAAGAUGAUUGGUGAAGGAGCAUACGGGAAAGUUUACAAAGGCGAUCUUGAUCACACCCCUGUUGCCAUCAAAGUUCUUCAUUCUGAUGCAUCAGAAAAGAAAGAGGAAUUUCUAAAAGAGGUGGAGGUUCUUAGCCAGUUACAUCACCCACACAUUGUUUUACUGCUUGGAGCCUGUCCUGAAAAUGGUUGCCUUGCUUAUGAGUAUAUGGAGAAUGGAAACCUGGAAGAUUACAUAUUGGAACGGAACAGCAAACCAUUACCUUGGUUUUCUCGAUUCAGGAUACUUUUUGAAGUGGCAUGUGCUCUUGCAUUCCUACACAACUCAAAGCCUGAGCCUGUUAUUCAUCGAGAUCUGAAACCAGGAAAUAUAUUGUUGGACAAAAAUUUUGUGAGCAAAAUAGGAGAUGUAGGUCUAGCAAAGAUUAUAUCAGAUGUUGUACCAGAAAAUGUUACAGAAUACAGGAACUCUGUUCUUGCUGGCACCCUUGGUUACAUGGAUCCAGAGUAUCAAAGAACUGGCACACUCAGACCAAAAUCUGAUCUGUAUGCUUUUGGAAUAAUAAUACUUCAAUUACUAACUGCUCGUCGUCCUAAUGGCCUUAUAAUGAAAUUUGAGAAUGCUAUAAAUUGUAAUUCAUUAGUGGAUAUACUUGAUAAGUCAGUUCCUGAUUGGCCGUUGAUUGAAGUAGAGGAGCUAGGUAGGAUGGCGCUAAAAUGCUGCAUGCUUAGAUGCCGAGAGAGACCUGACCUCGAUACUGAAGUUCUUCCACUUCUGAAAAGACUUGCUGGAUAUGCUGACAUGCAUAGCAAUGAAGAGAAGAACCUUAUACACGCACCUAUUCAGUACUUAUGCCCGAUCCUUCAGGAAGUAAUGGAAGAUCCACAGAUAGCAGCUGAUGGCUAUACGUAUGAGCAUAGAGCAAUAAAGUUAUGGUUUGACAGAUACAGUGUAUCACCCAUGACAAAACAGAGACUACAGCACAAGCUAGUCACGCCAAACCACACAUUGCGACUUGCUAUACAAGAGUGGAGAUCAACAUUCAACAACAUUCAGAUAGAGAAAAACUAGUGAUUGCUGUGGAUAGUUCAAGGUAGAGUCUCUCAUUUACUUAUUUCUAAUUCAUUCACUUGUGGACUGGUUUGAAUGCUGCAUAACAUCAUCUUCAACCAUACCUCCACUGUACUUCCGGUGCAAAGGGUCAAAACGUUCAUGAUGAUAUCAAGCCAAAACAAUAACUAGAGAAACCAAGAAAAGAAGGAAAAGUAAUAGGACUGUUGUAUACACAAGUGACUUCAGAACAAAGUCGUCAAGUAUUAUGUUUGCAUAUAUACAUUAUUACCGAGUGUGCAUUAGCAACUGUAAAUCUUUUGAAGUAUUGUAAAGCUCCUGAUUGUAGGAAACCAGUAGAAAAUAUGUGCAAAAUUUAACAUAAUUCUGAGAGUGAGACCAUACAUUCUGAUUCAUGAUUCUUCUGGUAGGAGUUUGAAGUAUUGCCUAGAGAUGAUUUGAUAUGACAUGACACAAUUUCAGUUUACUGUGGACAUGACCUUAGAUAGGAGGAAAUAGAUUAUGAUAGAAGGUUAGUAGAUAGUAGAGAAUUGACUCGUUUCUCGUUACUAGUUAGUUGGAGUUUAUGUCUUUCGAUUUCUGUUACUAUUUGUUGUUUAUUGCACUUCGAUGAUUCUAGUAUUUCGUUGUAGUUUGUGCUCCUUUUUUUUAGAUUGCUUUGUCAUGCUCUUUAUAAUAUUUUGCCAUGACUUCUUUCA